CCCACUUCUUUUUUCUGAGUACGCACAACUCAAUAGUCUAACCUCAGCCUAAAACCCAAAAGGCCAACACCCAUAAAUAAGUUCCCAAAGAAAGACAGUGUCAAUCAAAAAAAGUGGAAAAGAAGAGGAAAUCACACAGAAAAUGAAGAAAAUACCAUUGCUUCUGAUGGGCUGUGGUGGUGUUGGCCGCCAACUCCUCCACCACAUUGUUUCCUGUCGGCCCCUUCACUCCAAACAGGGCAUAAGGUUGAGAGUAGUGGGAGUUUGUGACAGCAAUUCUUUGGUUUUAGCAUUAGAUGUUUCCACAAAAGAAUUGGAUGAUGCAUCUUUAAUGGAAGUUUGCAGGAUUAAGUCCAGCGGAUCAUCUUUGCAUUCACUCAGUAAUUUUGGUGAUUGCCAAGUGUUUUCUGGUCAGGAAGUUGUAAAAAAAGCCAUUGACAUUGCUGAUCGAUUUGGUAAAUCAACAGGUUUGGCAUUUGUUGAUUGCUCUGCCAGUUCCAAGACUGUUGAAGUGCUAAACCAGGUGGCAGAUUUGGGUUGUUGUGUGGUGCUUGCCAACAAGAAGCCACUUACUGCUUCUUUGGAAGCCUAUGACAAGCUGGUGUCACACCCUCGUCGCAUCAGGCACGAGUCAACUGUUGGUGCUGGCCUUCCUGUUAUAGCAUCAUUAAAUCGUAUGAUUUCUUGUGGAGAUCCCAUCCAUUGCAUUAUUGGCAGUUUGAGUGGUACACUUGGAUAUGUAAUGUCUGAACUUGAGAAUGGAAAGCCAUUUAGCAAGGUUGUAAAUGCUGCAAAAAGCCUUGGCUACACUGAACCAGAUCCUCGAGAUGAUCUCAGUGGAAUGGAUGUUGCAAGGAAGGGUUUAAUCCUUGCUCGACUUCUUGGUCAUCGGCUUAGCUUGGAAAACAUCAAGAUUGAAAGCUUGUACCCCUUAGAAAUGGCACCUAAUGUGCUGCCUGUGGAGGACUUUUUGGUGAAUGGCCUUCCUUUGCUCGACAAGGACAUUCAAGAUAGGAUCACAAAAGCUUCUUCUAAGGGGAAGGUUCUCCGUUAUGUUUGUUUGAUAGAGAACAACAGGUGUGAAGUUGGUAUUCAAGAACUUGAAAAAGAUUCUCCAUUAGGAAGACUGAGAGGAAGUGACAAUUUGUUGGAGAUAUAUAGUCGCUGUUACAGGGAACAGCCAUUGGUUAUUCAAGGUGCUGGAGCAGGAAAUGACACCACUGCAGCAGGAGUGCUUGCUGAUAUUCUUGAUAUUCAAGAUCUAUUUUCUUGAUAGGAAAUUUUGUUGUCUUAUGUGCUAAAGGUCAAGGUAUCGUUGCUAUAUAUUUUCAGAUAGUUAGAACUUCCAUUUGGAGAUGAAACUCUUUGGCUUCCAGUGCAGAUAUAUAGCAGCCUGAACUUUGAGCACCAUUUCCAUUGACUACACUUCAACUUCCUGCUGAUAUGAUGUUCACAUAAUUUGGUUAACUUUUGUGCAGCUACACAAUGAUGAUGAAACUAUUCAACUACUUGAUGUG